GGGCUGGGGCCGCUUCCCGGCCGGGGGCGCCUGGCCUCCUGUUCCGGCUCUGGGUCUCUGGCAGCUGGCGUGGAGGGACUGGGCUGCUUUCCCGUGGGGAAUCCCGCUACCCACCGAGGGGUUCCCAGGCGUGCACACGGGACGCGGAUGGGGAAACUGAGGCUGGAGAGGAAGGGCCGCGUUGUGGACGGACGGAUGGAUCGGGGGUGGGGGCAGAUUGAGGUCCUUGGAAGAGGUGUGGCUUGUGGCCAGCUUGGUGGAGAGAAGGGGCUUUAUAGGGCCACAUCACCUGCCACGCGCUCCCUUCGGCGGGACAAGUGGAGCAGAGACAGAUUCCGGCGUCCUGCUCCGCACGGUUCGGGAGGAGGGCCCCACGCCUCCCUGGGGCUCACUUUCCACCACUGCACGGGUCGCCCAGCGCUACUUUCUGUCUCAUCCCUGUUUCUGAGGGGGCCCUGAUCCUGGAACAGCGACUUCCAUGACGCCCGGGAAGGGGACCCUGAGGAUGAAUCUGGCCCCAGACCUAAACCCACCCAACCAAUUUCCUGGAAUUUGAAAGAAAAAAGAAAAGCUUGGAUACCGACAGAGAAGGAGGGGCAGGUCCUUCCCCUCUCAGGAUUCUGAGGUGGAGACUGGGUAGCAGAAUUACGAUGGAGGCGGAGGCCCAGAGGGGGCCGAGGGACUGUGAAGCAUGUCUGAAGAAGGUACCCAAGCCAGACGGCAGGCGGUGGCAUCUGAGGCAGGCACUGAGCUACAUCCCCAGCCCCAAAGAAAUUUCUUAGGAGGCAGGAUAUCUGCAGAUGAAAUUACCAAUACUGACGGGGCCGAGUUCAAAGGUGUGCUGGCGCUGUGGGCCCUGGUGACGCACGUGAUGUACAUGCAGGAUUACUGGAGGACCUGGCUCAAGGGGCUGCGUGGCUUCUUCUUCGUGGGCGUGCUCUUCUCGGCCGUGUCCGUUGCUGCCUUCUGCACCUUCCUCACGUUGGCCAUCACCCAGCACCAGAGUUUCACAGAUCCCACCAGCUACUACCUGUCCUGUGUCUGGAGCUUCAUUUCCUUCAAGUGGGCCUUCCUGCUCAGCCUCUAUGCCCACCGCUACCGGGCUGACUUUGCCGACAUCAGCAUCCUGAGUGACUUCUGACCCAGGGAGCAAGGUCACUGUGGCCUGGGGCCCUCAGGACCUGAACUCAGCCUCUGAAACAUGCAAUGAGCCUGCUCCCAGCUCCUGGGGACCCCAGAACUGAAGAUACACAGCAGGACCGGUGUGGUUUCCCAGGAAUCUGUCUGGUCCCCUUUGGGGUGCAGUGGAAAGGGGCUCCAUCUGUGUUGCCCAUGGGCCUGGCUGGAGGGCAGCUACAGCCCUCUCCACAUGGAUCUAUUUUCUUAGCACUCAGCAAAGAAUCUUUGUGAAGUAGGGCCUGGGCAGCAAAGUCAAGGGGCUCAGGAGUCGGGUGGUAAGGCCGUGACCUGCACAGGAGCAGGUGGUCUGCUCCCUGCUGCCCCAGUCCUGACUGAGGCUGGGCCGGGAGGCUGGGCGCUCAGGUCAAGUGAGAACUCUCUGCUAGAGACCCCCGCCAGUCCUGAGCACCGCCAACCUGUUGUACGCGGGGAGGGUGGGGGCAGAUGUCAUCAGUCUGUGGAAGGUGACAUUCCCCAAGGCCUGGGGGCUGAGUGGACAAUUGAGCACCCCUGCCCCUACCCUCCCACCAGAGCUAGACUCCUGGGAGUGUGCGUUCUGGCUAGCCGCCAUUCCGCUGUCCCACACGUGUCCACAGCCCAGAGCAGGGUUCUGCAGAUGAAGAAACUAAGGGCUGUGCACCUCUGUCCCCCGAAGGAGCCCUAUGGGCACUUCCUCACUGCCCCUGGCAUCCUGCUCCCACCCUACUCACUGCCCUCUGCCCGAGCCGCCCUCUUCUCACUGCUCUUCUGCCCACACACUGGCCCGCAGGCUCGCCUCCCUCAGAGGAAGAGCUCUUUGUACGUGUAUCUUUUAGGUUAGGUGGCCAUUCUGCACGUUUACUCCUUUUCCACCUGAUGUGUCCUGCCCCAGUUCUCUGCCUUAUCUGUGUCACUGUCACUUUAGCAGAAAUACAGCAGUCAUUUGUAUCUGACAGCCUCUGGUGGGCUCCUGUGGUGGGCAUCUUGGCAGUGGGGCCAGGGGUGCUGUGGGAGUGACUGGGGGCUGGCAGGAUAGCUCUAGCUACCUGAGAAAACUGUUCUCCAGAGCUGUGUCCUGGGAGACAGGGCCAGGAGCACCAUCUCCAGCUUGGGGGCUCUAUUACUCUGACCUGGGCACAAGAGAACCACCAGCUCAGCCUUCCUAGCAUCCCUCCACCCCAGCUAGGCAAGGAUGCCCCAGGCACAGCCUCAGUAGGCCCUGCAGUUUGCUCUCCACCACCAAGGCUGGGGCAGAUGGUAAAAGGCCAGUUUCCCUCCACUCUUGCCAGGCUCCUCAGGGCUUGGGGCCAGAAAGGCAGGCGCUGGUAGCGCUGGGGCCGCCCUCUGGUAAUGCAGCACGGGCUUGUCCCAGCUUGUGGCCUCUCCCCUUCUCUCUUCGCGUCUCAGUGUAAGUUUAAGAAGCCUUAGUACAUUCGAGCAGGAAGGAGCCAGAAACAAUGUGUAAUUCUGGUGCCUUUUAGUGAUAAACAGAGGCUCCAGGAGGUGUUGUGACUCAGCCGAGCUCCCAGGUGUGUCUGCUGCAUGAGCCUUUGGGAGGCCUUGGCAAGCUGGGUCUGACCUGUGUCCCCAGGAGGGCCCUGCGUCUGGGGGUUUGGCCCAGGGCUAUCCCCUCUUUGUCUCAGCAGGGUGGGGCAGCAACACUGAGUUCGGAGUGGCAGCCGUGCAAAGCAGUGCAAGGGCUAGAGGAGCCCCGAGCACUGCCAAACCCUGUCCCCCUGCUCAGCCUUGUGCCGUGGGCCCACCCUCUGGCUCACCACUCAUAUGCAGGAGGCCCUUUCACAGGACAUUAAAGCAAAUAAAACAUU